UCGGGUCCGCGAGCACUGUGGGCUAGCAGCCGGAGGUCGCCGCCGCCGCCGCUUCUUUGUUUAUAAAGACAUUUUUAGAGGUUUUGUUUUUCCCCACAGCAGCGAGAUGAGAGGAGACGAAACAGACUCCGAGUCUGGAAAAUCGGACGACGGUGGCUCGAUUCGGAGAAGCCUCGACGCGCUCUGUCAGGAGCUAAACAUGGACGAGGAGACGGCGACGGAAGCGCUGCAGAACUUCACCACCAUCUGGAACACAUACACUCUGGAGGGUGAGGUGGUCCACUGGCUGGCCUGCUCUCUGUACGCUGCCUGCCGAAAAGGCUCCACUCCCACUGUUGGGAGAGGUCUGGUGGAAGGCAACUGCGUCUCCCUCACCAGGAUCCUCCGCUCCUCCAAACUCAGCCUGAUCCAGUUCUUCAGCAAGAUGAAGAAAUGGGCAGACAUGUCAAACCUCUCCCAGGAUUUCCGGAACCGCAUAAGCCGCCUAGAGAGGAACUUCGAAGUAUCGACUGUGAUUUUCCGUAAAUUUGAACCAAUAUUUUUGGACAUGUUUCAAAAUCCUCAGGGUGAACCUCCUCGUCUGCCAAGAGGGAGGAAGCACAGGCGCCUUCCAUGCCACAUCAGCGAUGUCUUCAAGUUCUGUUGGACGCUCUUCGUGUAUACCAAAGGUAAUUUCCGUAUGAUUGGCGAUGAUCUGGUGAACUCCUACCAUCUCCUCCUCUGCUGUCUGGACCUGGUCUUUGGUAACGCUCUACUCUGCAGCAACAAGAAGGACCUCAUCAAUCCACACUUCAGAGGUUUGCCAAAGGAUUCUGGAAGCUCAGAAGAGCCUCCUUGUGUGAUUGAGAAGCUGUGUGAGCUGCAUGAUGGUCUAGUCGUAGAGGCGAAAGGAAUAAAGGAGCAUUACUUCAAACCCUACAUCCGACGGCUGUUUGAGAAAAGAAUUCUGAAAGGAGAUGAAGAGACCCUCACUGAGUUACUGGACACCCCCAACUUCCAAGAUAAUAAUAAAGCCAUAAAUCGUGAGUAUGAGGAGUACGUCCUGACCGUGGGGGACUUUGAUGAGCGAGUGUUUUUGGGGGCCGAUGCGGACGAGGAGAUUGGCACCCCACGCAAAGCUGCCAUCGAGCCACCAUCUGGCCAACUGUCAGCCCGCAUGCAGGUGGAGAACAACCUGCAGCAGCACUUUGAGAAGACACGCUCCCUGGCUCCUUCCACCCCGCUUACAGGUCGGAGGUACCUCAAGGAGAAAGAGCUGCUCAUCACACCGGUCUCCUCUGCAACUCAGAGCGUGAGUCGACUGCAGAGCAUGGUGUCCGGCCUCCGCAACGCCCCCAGUGACACCCUGCUGCAGAUCUUCAAGUCUUGUUCUCGUGACCCAACUGAGACCAUUUUGAAUCGAGUGAAGACUUUAGGAGAGACUUUUAAACAGGGCUACACCAAACAAACCGACGACCUUCCGGGAGCUCAUAUGGAUUUUGCUGAGAACCGUCUGAAGCUAGCUGAGAUCCUGUACUAUAAGAUCCUGGAGAGCGUCAUGACUCAGGAGAUGAAGAGACUUCAGGGUAAAGACAUGACUGGGCUGUUGGAGCAGGAAGUGUUCCACUGCUCUCUUUUGGCCUGCUGUCUGGAGGUGGUACUGUUUGCUUACAGCUCCCAGCGAACCUUCCCUUGGAUUUUAGAAACCUUCCAGCUCAGGCCCUUCUACUUCUACAAGGUGAUAGAGGUGUUUAUCCGCUCUGAGGAGGGUCUCUCCAGAGACAUGGUCAAACACCUGAACACUAUAGAGGAGCAGGUGUUGGAGAGCAGGGCCUGGACUAAAGACUCUGUACUGUGGGAGGCUUUACAGAACGCUAACAAUAAAGUUCCCACCGUAGAGGAGGUGAAUUUCCCUAGUAGUUUUGACACGGGCAGUAACAGCAGUAGUGGUGGCCCCACCCAUCUCCCUCUGGUGGCUCUGUCUCCCAUCAUCCACCCCCGCCUACGAGAGGUCCGCACCGGCCUCGGCUCCAGCGCUCGCAAAGAUGUCCCUCCAUCUCCUAUCUCCCUCCAUGACCGCUUCAGUUCCCCAGCGGCCGGCAGUGCCAAAAGACGCUUGUUUGGUGAUGAUCCUCAACCUCAGUCUCCAGUGAAGAGGAUCUCAGUCACCCCCAUAAAAAUCAUACCCAGCGCCUCUGCAGAAAGCAGCCAACAUGCCAACACGACUACUGUCCUCUCCAUGUCCACCGCCAACGGCCAGCAGCUCAAUAUUCCCUUGCCAGUGAUGAAAAAUGAAAUGGGAGGCAUCACAGUGAUUCAGGUCCAGGCCAACGAUCUGAACCCCCUCACAGCUCAGGUGCUGCUUGCCUCCCCGACGCGAGCGCCUGCUCCUCCCACCUGCCCUGAUUCACAAACACAGCUGGCCAACAGACCCCGCCGCACCGGCUCCCUCGCCCUCUUCUUCCGCAAGGUUUAUCAUUUAGCCAGUGUGCGUCUGAGGGAUCUGUGCCUGAAGUUGGACAUUUCUGCAGAACUGAGAGGUAAAAUCUGGACAUGCUUUGAACACUCCUUGGUCCACUGCCCAGACCUGAUGAAGGACAGACACCUGGAUCAGCUUCUGCUCUGUGCUGUCUACAUCAUAUCCAAGAUCUCCAAAGAGGAGCACACGUUUCAGGACAUUAUGAAGUGCUAUCGAAGCCAACCUCAAGCAAGCAGCCACGUGUACCGCAGUGUGCUGCUGAGGAGAAGAGUCAGAGAACAGCAGGCUGAUGAGAACAUGGAGGUGGACCCACCAGCAGAUCAGUCCAAUGAGAGGACAGCUGACAGCGAAUCGGAGGAGGAGAGGGGUGACCUCAUCCAGUUCUACAACUCUGUUUAUGUUCUGAAGAUGAAGAACUUCGCGCUCAAAUAUGCUCUUCCAACAUCUGAUAGUCGGACGGAGGCCCCCCCGUUAUCUCCGUUCCCCUCAGUGCGAGCUCAGCCUCUCUCCCCACGGCGAAUCUCUCAGAGACACUCCAUCUAUCUCUCUCCGCAUAAGAACGGCUCCUGCCUCACCCCCAACUCCGCCUACACGUACAAGUUCAGCGGCAGCCCCUCUAAGGAGCUGAUUGACAUAAACCGCAUGAUCCGUCAAGGCAGCGUGAGCAAGAAGCGAGCCUUCACCAUGGAUGGAGACGACACAGAGUCUCCCACCAAACGCCUGAACCAGGAGAGCGAGGACGUUCUGCUGAAGCGCCUGCAGGACGUGGUCAGCGAGAGGGCCAACCACUGACCAGUAAUGAACAAGAGACAAUUACUCACUCUCCCAUCAGAGAGGGAGGCAAUACUGCAGGUCACAAUCAGCAAAUUUUUAAUGAUCACGGACCAUCAGAGCAUAUCAGCCACGUCCACUUUACGGAGCCACUCAGAGCUCCUGCCCAUGGAUCAUGACUGAGAGUUCAUCACCGAAACCUUCAGCGAGGGUUUGAGAAUCAGGACAGUACUCAGGUUUUUUACUUCAAUCAUUUGAAAUGGAUCAAAAUCGGUUUGAUCCACACUUUUAAUAACCAAAGACCACAUUUACAUACACAAAAGUGUGUAGACAGCAGCGUUUCUUCUGAAAUUAAGGGUAUUAAUAGUGAGUUUGCUGCAGUAACAGCUUCUACUCUUCUGGGAAAGCUUAACACUAGAUGUUGGAACAUUUGCUGUGAGGAUUUGAUUGUAUUAGCAUUCGCAAGAGCAUUAGUAAGGCCAGGUACUGAUUUGGAUGAUCAGUUUUAGAACACAAACAUUAUUCCACUCGUCCCAGAGGUAUUCAGACAGCCUUUCUGAGUGCAUUCAGCUGCUUUAACGUCACCCAUUGCUGUCACAGGCUUGUACAGGGAGAUUCACUCGAAAGAGGCCCCGAAUGUUCUGGUGUAGCUCCUGUUAGGAUGAAGCAGUCUGAACCAGAAAGAUACGCUACAUACCUCGACGAAUGUGUAAUCGAUGCUGGAAGUGAUCUCCAUUUUCUGCCAGACACAUGAAGGGGUACGGGGGUAUGCACCCGGAAGUUGGAAACGGAGGUUAAACGUCACGACGGCUGUCCGGCGCCUGCCUCAUCGCUCCGACGCAGGGGCAUCCCGGCUUGUUCGAAGCUCCAUAAACUGAGGAGCACAUUGCAUAUAGGUUUGUUUGGAUUGCUUUAUCAUAGCGAGAGAUAUUACAGAAUAUUUGGGGCCUCUUUCGAGUGAAUCUACCUGUAAUAUCUCCAUAGAGAAGCAUCAGCCAAUAGAAUGGGACACUCUGGAGCAGCAGUGCUAAGCUCGUGAUCUCUUGAUGAGACUGCCACGGGACAACCAUGAGAAAUUUAUGGCUAAAUAUGGAGGGAACAGACUUAGGGUGAGAAACUUCCUAAACAACUCCAAUACCUCAUGAAGGUGGAGCUCAAAGUAGGGGGCGCUGGUGCACUCAUCUGCAAUGUCCAUCAGACAACAAACCUGUCAUUGUAAACUCCAUUUAAGCAUGUAGACGAGUGUCCCCAGUGCAGAGAACACAGUACACACUGCAAAGAAAUGGCACCUAGUCAAAUAUAAUUAUCUUAAUUAUAGUCAAUAAAUGUAAUAUUUCUCCCAUUGAGAUUGUUGUAAGUGUAAUUUAAGAUUAUUUAACAUAUAUAUAGACUUUUUUUUUUACUUGUUUUGGUAAUUUAGUAAAAUUAUCUCACUAUAGUGGCAGAUAAAAGCAGUUAUGUGAAAUGUGCUUGAAACCAGCAAAAUUAUUUUCCACCUUUACUGAGAAUUUUAUAAAAUUCCUUAAAACAUGUAAGUAAUGUCUAGAAAUAAGGUAGAUUAUCUUAUAAUAACUUCACAACCAUCUCAAAAUGGAAAAUAUUAGAUAUAUCGACUAGAAUUAAGAUCAUUUCUCUUGACAAGACACCAUUUUUUUGCAGUGCAAUGCAGUAAACAUAAACAUCCCCUCUUACAAAGGGGACAAACAGUUAAACAGAAACCGUAAUUAGAAGAUAAAUCACUAUCUAGGCUGUUUUGCGUGUGUUAUUGGUUGUAAAGAGCAUGGACUAUAGGAAUUUGGGGGCGCGGUUUAGAGGGGAUGUGCCCCCAUUUGGCAAAUUUUGCCACACUUUAAGCACCAAAGGUUUAACAUGUGAGUACUCUUGUUCAUGUCUGGCCCGUGAGACUGGACAUGUCCAGUGCGAAGCGUGGGCUAGAGGAGUAUUGGAAAAAAUGAAUUGUUUUUAGAUCAAAAUCACAGUUUAAAAGUGCAAUUUUCAAAUGUUAAGAGCUGCAAUUUUAAUUAUAACCUAGAAGAUUUAAGUAGGAUAUAUUUUGCCUAAUAAUAAUACAGAGCUUGUGAAGCGCCUGUAAAUGAGUUGGACCAAUUAGAAGCAACUAAACACCCACAUGAUGCCUACAUGACAUCACAGCCUCAGCUAACUGGCUGCCUGGCACACUACGCUGAAGCUGGAGAACAGUGGAAAUUCUGGUGUCCUUGGCCAGAAAAACAGGCCUGGACCUCAAUUCAUACAAAAUAAGUGUAAUUUAAAUCAUAAUAGUGGUCCAAAAAUUAGAUUACUGUCCCCAAAUCAUUCAGCCGUAGGUGUAGCGCCCCCUCCCCACCCCCAGGCUGCAGUGGGAGUUUUAUUUCCCUGGAGUCCCAGUCUGAUGGUCAGUGCUUUACUGUUUGAGAGUAAACCUGCGGUGUGUGCCUGUAUCAGCAAAGGGUGCAGUUUAAAGGGAAAUUCCACUGAAAUUUCAAAAUUUCUCCUUAUUUAAGUCAUUCUGAGUGGUUAUGAAUUCACUGCCCGAUGUCUGAGACAUGGUUUUAGGAUAGCUUUGAGAUGAUUUUGGCCUUUUAAAUCCUCACAUGAUGGAGGGUGCUGUGAGGUAGAAAGUCAUUUAUAAGCAUUACGUCACUGAUGUACAGGUUUUGUCCUAAUACUUGUAUUAAAUAUGUUCAUGGAAGAGAGGUGCGUGCAGUGUGAGGUAAAUAGCUUCACUGGUGGUUCUGGAUAGUAAAUAAAAUGUCUAUAUUUGUGUUGUAGUCAUGGCGACCCCUGGUUCCUGUCACCACCACCACUGUAAAGACAUCUGAAC